AUGUCAAAGCGGAGCAAGAGUCAAUUGGUUCAACGUGGUGAUGGAGUAGAGCUCACCUACAAAGUAUUUUUGAGAGUUCCAGACGUCCUUCAGAACAACAACCAGACAAUCAUCACAGCUGAGUCUGGACAGGACGUGACUCUGACAUGUGGAGUUACAAACGACAACAAAAAGAUCAUAGUUGUAGAGUGGAGCAGAGCUGACCUGGAGCCACAACAUGUUCUUUUGCAACAAAAUGGGCAGUUUGAUCCUGAUGGUCAGCAUCCAUCUUUUAAGAACCGGGUGGAUCUGAAGGACAGACAGAUGAAGGAUGGAGACGUGUCUUUGAUUCUGAAGAAUGUGACGAUUAAUGACAAUGGAACAUACGAGUGUCGAGUUCAGAGACGGAGAGAAAUUUUAAGUCUCAUCACCAGUGUCUACCUGAGUGUUGUUCCUCCAGGUCAAUCAGGAGGGAACAAAGAUGGAGGGAAGGAGGCAGGAGGGAAGGAGGCUGGAUCUGUUGGCCUGAUAGUCGGUCUGUCAGUUUCUGCUGUGCUGCUUGUUGUGGCUGUUGUUGGAUUUUUGAUCUACAGAAUACUUAAGCAGAGUCAGGAUUUAUACCAGCCUCCUGUUGAACUGCAGCCUGUUUGAAAUGUCUCAGAGUUUUUUCCAGAUGAACUCUGAGUCUCCUGCUCAGAAAUUUAUUUUUGCUCAGGAAUACAAGUAAAUCACUAUAAGUUAGCAUCUUAAUCAACCAAAAAAUAAUAUGAUUUAGUUAUUUUUUUAGCAUUACUAAAAGGCCCUCUGAACACAAAAGCAUUACUUCAGCAUUAAAAAUAUUUAUUAAUCCACAGGCGUUGUUGUUGAGGUUACUUUUUGGUUAUGCCAUGUUUACCAGUAAUUAUGAAUUGGGAGAAAAAUCAUUUUUCUUCUAAAAUAAUGUUUUAUGUAACUUCAUUAUUUUUGUUUGGGAAAUGUUUUGGUUUAUUCCAUUUGUAUUAUGUUUGUGUAGAUCAGAAUCAGAAUACUUUAUUAACCCCUGAGGACACUAUGAGUGAGAUUAUUGAGUGAAUGGAUUCUUUGCUGUUAGAAAAAUUAUUAGUUAUGGAACACUCUCUGAAAUUAGAGCUAUACAGCACUUUUUACAGUAUGAUGAAGGAUUACAUCUCUGUCCCUGUCUCUCUGUUAAUCCACACUUUUAAAGAACUGGCUCUUGUGCCUAUGUGCUGCUGAUGGUGUUCAGGAUCCCUUUGUCAGUCAGAGUAUUACAGUGUACACUAUCAUAAAACUAAAGAUAAAAAAUGUGUUAAAUGUGGCCCCAG